UUAAAAUCUUUUACAUUUCAUUUUGCCGCUACAACUUCUCCUCGCUUUCUCUCUCUACAAAUCACUACAUUACAGUGAGGUUUUCUGCAUUAAUCCGUGAUCCAAACACUCAAAUCAACUUGUUCUUCAUCUUCUCUGAACUAAUCUGCUUCAAUUUCACCCAAUUUUCGCCUUUUUUCGCGUGAUUUUGAAGCAAACUGUUCCAUCCGUUCGAUUCGAUCGUUGAUCAGUGGUUUCAGCAUUUGAAUUUCAUCAAUCGUAGAACAAAUCUGCUUGGAUCUGUGUUUGGUUGCUUGAUUUUCAACCGACGUCAUAAAAUUCGGGUUUGAUUGAUAAAAUUAGGGUUUUAAAGUGAAGUGAUCUGGAAAUGGGGGAUGUAAGUGAUAAGGGUUCUGAGUGUGAUGAGAUGAUGAAAUGUGAGAUGAGUCCGGAAAGAGGUGGAUCGGGUUCAUCGGACGGUGGUGGUGAUUUGAUCAAAAGUUGUGUGGAUUGUGGGACCACUAAAACGCCUCUCUGGAGAGGGGGUCCAGCUGGACCUAAGUCUUUAUGCAAUGCAUGUGGGAUCAGAAGCAGGAAGAAGAGAAGUGGAUCAAUGGGUACACAAAAAGAUGAUAAAAAACCAAAGAAAACCAGCACUGCAUCUGGUGGUGAUAGUCAAAGUAGUGAUUUGACCACCAGUAAGAGUAACAGCAUGUGUUUGAAGAAGAGAUUAAUGGUGUAUGGUUCAGAAAUGGUGUUGCAGAGACCAAGAUCAAGGGUGACUAAGAAGAGAAGGAUGGUUGGAGAAGAAGAACAAGCUGCAAUCUUAUUAAUGGCUUUAUCUUGUGGUUCUGUUUUUGCUUGAUCAAGAAAUAAAGUAAUGUAGUUUUAGGUUUUUGUUGGUGAAUAAUCCAAAUGUUGAAAGUUGAAAGUCAAGAGUGCAAAAUGUGUGACUUGUUUUUUUGAAUGGCGAAUGUUAGUUUACUUCUAAAUUGUAUCAAAUUAAUUCUAAUCUACUGUAUGCAUUAAACGGCA